CAAGCUCCGCCGACCCCUGCAAGGUGUACAGCAUGAUGGUUCUCGGCCUCGAGUAUCAAAAGCAGUUUAAUCUCUCCUUGCAGCCGGACUAAGAAGGGACCCCUCUUUUUUGGUAUCCUUCAAAUAUCAUUUCCUGGCACUGCGCGCGGAUCAUUCUAGCUAAUAAACCAUGCCAUUCGGUUUCUACUUCGACUUCACAUCUCUCAUUCCGCAAUGAUGCCGCAACAUCUCCGCAAUAUCGCCCUCACUAUCGAGUUCUUCGCGGUCCUUGCGCGAUGUGCACAUCUCAACUACACUGGGGAGGCUGUUACAACUCGCUUCUGGGACUGUUGUAAACCGUCUUGUGGUUGGAAUGGGAAGGCACAGUUCUCGAGACCGGUAGAAUCGUGUACGGCCGACGACAAGCCUACGGAUAUCGCCGCCGGUACUGGUUGCAACGGCGGUAGUGCGUUUCAGUGCUCCAACCAGCAGCCAUGGGCCAUCAACGACACUCUGUCAUAUGGCUAUGCUGGUGUCUACAUCACACCAGAUCUCACACAUGGAGGUAUCGAGGACGCCUGGUGUUGCGCAUGCUAUCAACUCAACUUCACCAGUGAGCCUUUGAUCGGCAAGAGCAUGAUUGUACAAGCCUCGAAUACCGCCUACGAUGUAACCAACGCGAAUCGGUUUUCACUUGCAGUCCCCGGUGGUAACACAACGUCAACGAAUGCAUGCGCCCAGCAAUAUGGCGUAUCUCAAUCUGUCUUUGGUGAAAACAUGGCGGGUGUCAAAUCCAUUGACGACUGCCAAAAUCUACCCGAAAACCUAAGAGCCGGUUGCGAAUGGCGCUUUGAUUGGUUCAAAGACGCAUCAUUUCCAAGUGCAAACUUCAAACGCGUGGUCUGUCCUUCGGAAAUUACAGCCAAGACAAACUGUAUCCGUAAUGACGAUAAAGUGCUUGCAGGCGAGGCGUCUUCCGCUCAGAGCCUCACGCCUAGCUCUUCCACUAUGGCUUUCUUCGCCGUCAUCAUACUAGGUUUAAUAUCGAUAUAGCGUCGGUGACGCGAGGCUUUGCAUCACGUUCUUUCGUUUUCACUAUCGUUACGUUGUUUCGAUUCCUCUCUGUCGUUCGUCUUUGUAGGCUGACUGGCUGGAGAUGUCAGAUGAUGGAGCUGGCUAGCCCAUCUUUCAUGCAUGGAUACCCUACCAAUAAAAAGACUCGUGUCGGAAGAGACAGCAUACCGCGUCCAGAACAGCACGCAGUCGUAUCUCCGCGAUCUUUCCAGUGUCGG